CGUUUCUGAAUCAAGAGAGAGGGGGGAGAGGAAGAGAGGGAAAGAGAAAGAAAAGAGAGAGCGAGAGAGAGAAAGAGAGAAAGAGGGAAGGAGGAUGGGAAGAUGUGAGAGUGGAGACGAGGCAGGGAAGGCAUGAAAGGUAGGAGAGAUGCAAGUAUGUUGAGAGACCCCUGUGGUUUGUAUGAUGGAAGGACUGGGAAAAGAGAAAUCCAUAUGCAGCUCUAGACCCCUCCCAUGGCAUAUUCACCCAAACACAGAGGCCUCUACCCUGCUAUGGACACUCAAAGAUUGCUUCUCCUCAAAUGACACGGCCUCACCUCAUCAGGCUAAUAAAGACAACAAUUACAUGGAUAACAGAAAUGCUGCGCUGGCAUUUAAAGAUGUCCCCCCACCUCCACAUCACCCUUCUUCGCAAUUAUCCCAGCCCUUUCCUCUUGCCCCUCUGCCCUUGCCUCCUCCCUGCUUGCUGCCUCCUCCUCAGCUUAGACAGGAUUCCCAACUAAGGACACCUCCACAGAAGCAACAAGAAGGGGCUAGCCCCAAAGUAAGCAUUUGCACCCACUGUGACCUUUCUGAUCCCUUGCUCAGUCUGGGUUGCAAACCUUGGCCGCCUUACUCAAUUGCUACAUCUCAACCUCUUUCAUCGCAGCCCUCCCUUCCCUGCUGCUCAGGGCUUCUCCACACUUGCUCAGCGGUACCUCUUCCAUGCAGUCAGCCCAACCUCUUCCCUUCUUCAGCACCCCUGGCUUCUGUAAUUUCCUCUUUACCUAAUACCCUGCAUACCUCUUGCUUGGCCUCUUCUGACUUUUACACGUGUGGUGUGGGAUGCAAUACGUCAGCCAGAAGAUCCCUGAGAAGUGUAUUCAGUGAUCACCAAAGCACCACCACCACUUCGACCUCUUCAGCACACUUCUACUCUAAUCCGUUGCACCUAAAUGUAGAACGCACAGUUUGUAUGAAGGGGAAACACUACUGCCAGGACUGCUUUUUGAAGCCCAUGAAUGGUCUACCUUCAGAGUCUGACAAGGUGUGGCCCAAAGUUCCUCUCCCUCCGGCUGCUUCUGUCCCCAUUUGUAAUGGCUGCGGCACGUCCUCUGAUGGCAUGGUGCUUAUGACAUCCACCAACCUUGGUUCUGCAGAGAUUAUUGGUCCUGAGAAUACUCCACCAGUGGGUGUUUUUUGGGAUAUUGAGAACUGCAAUGUUCCCAGCGGACGCUCAGCUGCAGCUGUGGUUCAGCGUAUUCGCAGCCGUUUCUUCCAGGGCCAUCGCGAAGCAGAAUUUAUUUGCGUCUGUGACAUCAGCAAAGAGAAUAAAGCUGUCAUUGAAGAGCUCAACAACAGCCAGGUUACUGUUGCACAUAUUAAUGCUACGGCCAAGAAUGCUGCAGAUGACAAGCUUCGUCAGAGUCUGCGACGCUUUGCAGAGACCCACACUGCACCUGCAACGGUUGUGCUUGUAUCCUCGGAUGUGAAUUUUGCAAGCGAGUUAAGUGACUUGCGGCAUCGCCAUGGUUUCCGCGUAGUUCUGGUCCAUGGCAACCAUACAUCAUCAGCUCUUUUGCAGCAUGCCAACUACCAUGUGGCCUUUGAAGACAUUACAGCUGAUCUACCACCACGCAUGCUUGUCAAAGCAGAGACCAGUUUCAACCUUCUGUAUGUGCGCAACCUCCCUGUCAUCUGUGACAAGAGCCUGCGGAACGCUGUGAAGGUCAGGCUCCGCCGCCUAUCAGCCAAUUGCGGCGGCAAGGUGCUGGGCAUGACCCAGGGCACAGCCGUCCUCCGUUUUGGCAGCCCGGAGGCAGCUGCACGGGCCCGCAAGCGAAUGGAAAAUGAGGACGUGUUUGGCCAUCGAAUCAGCCUCUCCCUUCCAAGGCCUAGAGAUGAUGCAAGUCCUGAGGCUGCGCUGUGUCAGCCCCAUCACUUGCCUCAACCCCAGGAUUCAGUGUUUGUCCCUCCCACAUCCAUAUCCUCCUUCUCUUUUCUGCCUCUGGAGAAGCCCAGGUCGCCCAGGAGGCCACGGCGAACAACCCGCCUGUGCCCUACUCCUGGUCCAGUACCCGAGAGGCCCUACAGUCCCAGGAGGGGGUCCAGUGGGCCUCCCGGUGGUGUUCCGACCAAGCGCCAUCAGGAGUUGGACAGUAUAGAGGUAAAGCACAAGAUGGGCUGGCACCACAUGGGUAAAGGACAUGCAGCUUCAGUUUCACCUCAUGGUAAUGAGACUGGAUCACUGGAGAAGCAGUCCAAGCCUGGCAUCAAUGGAGAAUCUAUGCGCCGAAGGAGAAGAGAGGGUUCCAGUCCUCGACGUGAGUCAUCUCUAGAACAACGCAACAGGAGUUCAGGGGAGUUCCAGAUUAGCACCCCCUCAGCCUUCAGCAGACUGAACAGGAGCUUCAGUCCUGUUGUCUUUACUCAAGGCUCUUGGUCUACAAGGAGUGCUUCCCCCUGCCUGUCCAGUCGCUCCUCGCCUCUGCUUGUUAACCCCCGUAGUCCAUGCCCUGAAGGCUCCAUCGAGCCUUUCUCAGAGGGGGCGGAGGUCCAUGUGGCCAACCUGGAUUACAGAAUGUCUCGCAAGGAUCUGCAGCAGGCACUACAUGACACCUUCUCACGCUAUGGCCAGGUGAAAGUUGUGGAGCUGAGCCCCCACACUGAUUAUCAGCUCAAGGCCACAAUUCAGAUGUCAUCCCUACAACAAGCCAUUAGUGCUGUCAGUGGCCUGCACCGACAUAAGAUUGGAGGCAAACGCAUUCAGGUCUCUUUGAUAACUGGUGGCAACAACAAAUCUCUUGCCUUGCUCAGCACUGAGAUCACCUGCAUUCUUCAGGAUGCACCUGCCAGCUGCCUUCCUAUAUUCAAGUUCAUCGAGAUCUAUGAGAAGAAAUAUUCCCGACAAAUUGUGGCAAGUGAUCUGUACAGGCUGCCAGAUGUUGUUGCGGUGCGAGAACAGGGAGGCUCAAGGCUGGUAUGCCUUCUGGCCAACAACCAAAAGCGCCAGAGUCCUCUGGGAUCUUGUCACUCGCAGGAAGGCUCCUCUUCAGUAAAUGGGAGUCCUGUUGUGUUUGAGGAGCUUGAGUACCAUGAACCUGUUUGUAGACAACAUCACACAUGGCAGGAUUUCAGUGAGGCUGACUUUGACCCAGACUCCUAUAAGAUUCCCUUCGUUGCAAUGUCUCUGAGCACUUUGGCCUCCGAGGUCCACAGUCUGUUGCAGUCACAUGAUGGCACUCUUCCCCUGCUCAGUUUUCCAGACUGCUAUGCAGCAAAUUUCACUCCUUUGCAACUUUGCUCUGAGACAAAUGAGGGUGCUGUUCCCCUGGAGCAUCUCAUUACCUGUGUGCCCAGUAUCACAAUAGUCACAGCUCAGAAUGGUUUCAAAGUCAUCAAGUGGAUUCACAACAAACCACCAGCCCAAAAUUCUGAGCCAUGGAUUCAACGCUGUAAGAGUCCAGUUGGCAAUCCACAGCUCAUCCAGUUUAGUAGAGAGAUCAUUGAUGUCUUGAAGAGUCAGCCAUCUUGCAUCAUGUCAAUCAGCAAGUUCAUACCUUUGUAUCAUCAUCAUUUUGCCAAGCAGUGCCGUGUCUCUGACUAUGGCUUCUCUAAGCUGCUGGAGCUUCUGGAAGCUGUGCCACAUGUUCUGCAGAUCUUGGGCAUGGGUACUAAGCGUUUACUGACCCUGACCCAUCGAGCGCAAGUGAAGCGAUUCACCCUAGACCUGCUCAAACUCCUCAAGUUUCAAGCCAGCAAACAAGUUGCAAUCAAGGAUUUCAUGCAGGCAUAUCAUUGGUGCUUCUCCAGAGACUUCCGAGUAAAUGACUAUGGUAUCUGUGACUUGAUGGACCUGCUGACAGAGAUCCCCGACACCACCAUCACCAUCACACACCAGCCCACGGACAUGGUCAUCUCUGUUCCCAAGAGGGAGCGCACUCUGGAGGAAAUUGAGCGUAGCAAGCAGUUUGGAAAAGAGGUGGUGGAUCUGCUCCGUCACCAGCCUCACUGUCGAAUGCUCUUCAGCAAGUUCAUUCCCACUUACCACCACCACUUUGGUCGCCAGUGCAAGCUGAGCUACUAUGGAUUCACGAAGCUCGUGGAGCUCUUUGAAGCGAUCCCUGAUGUUUUGAUGGUGUUGGAAUGUGGUGAAGAGAAAGUUCUGACCCUGACAGAGGUAGAGUGUAUCAAAGCGCUGGCAGCUCAGCUGGUCAAGCUGCUCCGAGCUCAGAAAAACUACAGCCUUCCUGUCAGCCAGCUGCUCACGGAGUACGGCAAAACCUUCGGCUAUGGUCUACGGCUGCAGGACUUCGAUGCAACCUCCCUGCCCGCUCUCCUGGCCAAGCUCUGUCAUGUGGUCAAGGUUGUGGAUACCUCAGUGGGUCGGGAGGUGCAGCUGAUCAACCGGAAGUCUCUGCGGUUGCUUACCUCCCAGCUGCUGGCUCUGCUCAUGUCCCAAGAAAAUGAGCAAGUCAGCAAGGGAAUGAAGGUGCUGGAGCUGGAGCAUCACUACCUGACUGCUCACGGCACCCUGCUCAAUCCGUGUGAAUAUGGGUUCCUCUCGCUGAGCGAGUUGCUGAAGAGUCUCCCAAAUCUUGUGGAGUUGUACCAUGAUGAAAGUAGUGAAAAUGGUGAAGCUGCCAGUAGCCAUGGGGAUGAAUGGGUGAAGCUCACCCGGCUUUACCAGUUUGCUCGUAACGUACGUGCGCUCCUCCACACUUACCACUACAACCAGAUCUUCCUGACUGAGUUCCAGGGGGCUUAUAACAAAUUCACAGGCUGCAACCUCGAACCCUGCUCCUUCGGAUACACGAGUAUUGAUGAGCUGCUCAGCACCAUUCUUCAGGUGGUCUGGAUCAAAGGACACGGGCACAAAAGGAUUAUCGUUUUGAAAAACAAUAUGAAAGCAAAGGCAAGCUCAUCAGUCCCAAAUAGUCCCCAGCCAGGACAGAACAUGGAGAGCCCGAGACACGACCCUUCAAAUAGUGAAACAUCUCAACCCCAGAGUCCAGAUAGUGAUGUGAAUGUGAAGUCGGAGCUCCUGUGUCUGCUGUCAUCAGUGGACCUGCUGUGCGGGCCUGUCCCGUCCUGCCUGCCGUCCCCUCAGCUCCACCCCGACCCCAUCCUCCCCCAGCAGGUGGACCUCAUACACUUUGAGAAAACCCCACCUCUACAGCUGCCAACAGAGAGGGAUGAAUCUGAAGAGGAAGCAGCAGACAGCAGCUCCGAUCCGCCUGAGAAGUCUGCGUGUUGUACCGACUCUGCAGCUACCGGACCUGCACCGCCUCCAGACAUUACCACAUCUUUGUCCAUGGACAGUCCAAGCAGAAGAGGCACAAAGAGCAGAAUAAAACUAGCUGCCAACUUUUCUUUCACGGCAGGCCUCUGAUUCUCUGCCACACACACAUCCAUGCUCUACAUUAAUACUGCUACACUCACACUGCAACUCUAAAUUCAAGAGUUGACCAAAUAACCAUUCAAAGCGUUUGUCUCUUUACUUUUACACACCAACACAUUAGCAGUGUUUCUUCUCUUUUCUCGAUCCCCUAAUUUCCACCAUUGUUCACCAAUGUGUAAUCUGCUCCUUGCAGAUUUUCUGCAGUUUAUUUUAAAUUUUUUCUUAUUUGCCAAAUUCAGCUACUGUAACUUGUUUAAAAAUCUAUUUCCAUUUGUCCAUCCUGAGGUUAAAGUCAUAGCCAAUAAUGAUGUGGAACUCGUGAUGAAUGAACUGAGUUGGUUGUCACUGUCGAGCACGUUUAACAGUGGUGAAAAUGCUAGUUACGAUUUGCUAAGUUUUCUGUAUUUGAGAAAAUGUAAUUGCCGAUAUUUUCAUUUCAUCUUUUUACAGUUGAGAUAUUUCACCAAACUAUAAUGAAAACCUCCCUGAAUACUGUCUUCCGAAAGACAGAACAUUUAAUUUAAAACAUAAUUUCAACAUUAAGUCACUUUUCUCGGUACUUUUGUCGGUAUCCACCGACCUGAGCAAUCCAGCUGUUUAGCCACAGUCUGUGUGAUUGUUUUUGAAGAAGUAGCUAGUCUGAGGUCUGCUCGUGUGGUUGCUGUUAUGAGUGCAAAGAUUUAGAUAUUAGUUGGUUAUAUAGUCAUCUGUGAAAGUACAUUUACGGUGGAAUGAAAGUUCAGGUUGGUGUCUGCUGGUCAGUGUUUUUCUUAAUGUUGACUCUCUGAACAGUGAAAGUUGAACAUCAGAAGGUUUUGACUAAUAUUGCAACAGUUGCUGGACUUCUUUCUUUUUUUUUUUUUUCCUAUUCUGGCAUAUAAAUUACAUUUCCAGCAAAGAUUUUGACUAAUUUCCAGGAACACCAUGAAAGGCCUGAAAGAGAAGUUGUCACUUAAUAAUCCUGCUGGGUGUGCUUAGACACCAGAAAUUGACACUUUCGAGUGUCUCAAUAAGUCAGUAGCCAGCUUGUUUGUGGGCUUGUAGCCAUAUUUUGUCUGUGUGGUUUACACUAAACAUGGUGUGAAUAGGGCAAGGUGUGCAUAGCUGAGUUUAUGCAAGCUCUAAUCCCUAACAAGGAGCAGCAGGCGGGAACGGAUGACGGCCAGACAACGUUUAAGAUCAGUCUUUGUUUCCACCACAAUUAAGGGAUUGAUCUCAGAGGGAGCAUCACUUUUGCAGUUGCCACAAAGAGCUCAAGGUUUUAGAGUUAACCUUUGCUAUCAGUUGGCGCUGUAAUCAGUAGUGGUGUUGACAUUGAGUUAAAGAUUUUUGGAAGGGUCAGAGAGCAUGAGUUUUGGGGAAUAUAUGAGAUGGGAGGUGAUAGUUGUUGUUUUGGAAGCCUCUCGAACAGACUGAUGUACGGACAGAGGAACCUCUAUGGCUCUCUGAAAUCUGCCGGGCUUUUACAAUGGCUUGUAUCAGCCACGGCGCUUAAUGAAUAGGGCUGUCAUUCUUCCUCACCCUCUCACGUGGAGUAGUUCUGGUUUAAGUGUCUUAUAUUUCUCAACUUUUCAUUGCCUAAAGGGCUUAAUUCACAGCUGAAAUGCCACCGGACACUGGCUACUUGUUAAGUUGAGCACAACCCAGCUGCCACUGAAGCCAGACUGCUCAUUUGUGUUCACAGAGAAUGUUUAAAGAAUGGGUAACAGCCCAUUUAAAUAACUUUGCAGUUUCUUGUGGAUUUGGCCAGAAUUAUUAUGAUGCAAGUUCUCUUUCAGCCUGGAGUUUGGUGAUAAAAGAUUCCACCUGCCAUUUAAUUUAACUCUGCAAUGAGCAAAUCAGUGUUUGUUUUUAAUAGAGCUGUUUUCUCCUGUGGUGUUUUAGUGACUGUAGAAAACCAUUUUCAUAAAGGAAUAAUCAGUUUAAAAUGAUCAUUUAGAAUUGUUAAUGACGGAAAAUGGCUUUAACUGCUCAUCUUUCAGUUUGGUGGUACAAAGUCUACUAUUAAAGUUGCUAGGCUUUGUUGAAAAUCUUGUACUACAGUGACGACUAACUCAUUUUAUGAAUUUAAUUUUCACUUGGCCGGGUUAAAUCAGCAAGAAGCGUCCGUAUCUGUUGAAAUAUGCACUUCUGCAUAGUUUAGGUUCAUGAAAUACUCAAAGUGAUGGUCUUUUUCUUUGUCUCUCUCAUUCGGUUAUUAUACAUUUUAAGGAAGUUUGUUCGACUUUUUUUUUUUUUGUCUUUUGUCUAUGAUGAAUUUUGUUUACCUGCUCAACAACCUGUAUGCUCCCUUGCACAGUUUUACAGUCUUGUUGCACCAGAACUGGUUAUGGUGGUCAAGUCUUGUUAAAGGGACCAAAUGAUUUGCAUUAAUAAAUGUCACAAGCAUCA